AAGUUAAAAGCUUGCUGAGGUGCUGAAUACUAAAAUACUAAAAUAUCAUAAUAAUAAAUUAAAUAAAAUAAUUGUGUCCUAUAGUUAAGGUGGGAAGCACCAAUUGAAAAUUUUUAAUUACAAACGGAACAUCACAAAUUCAAUUGGACUUUUUCAUUUUCACUAACAAGAAAUUCGGAGAGAAGUUGUGUAACAUCAGCCAGCCACCAAACUUCAACGGCAAAAUACAUUUAGUUACGCUUAAACAUAAAAUAAACGAGACCAUAGGAUGGCGUUAGAAAAUGAAAAUAAGAACAAAAACAUGUCGGACUCCAAUGGAACUACUGCAGAAGCAGAAGAUAAGAAACCAAUGACAAGCCAGUCUCCGGUUGCCGAUAGUUCAAAGGGAGAAUCAAUUGGUUCAAAGAAAAAAGGUAAAAAUGGGAAAAAUAGUAAUAAACCGGAACAAGUUUCGAAUGGACAUAAGACACCGACAGCCUUAAAUGGUGACACAGACUCUAACGCUAACGAUGUUGACACAGUUGUCGAAGGUGAACAAUCAGCGGAAAGUAUUUCCAAAAAGAAAGAAGGUAGCGCUGAAGGUAAUGGAACGGAAGAAAACUAUGAAGAAAACAUCGAUUUGGACACCUUACACGAUAGUGGUAUUACGGUUCAUAUUCAGAGCCCCGGUACUGACAUGUGGUCAGUGCAGCUUUCUAGCAUGGAACUUGUUCAGGAAAUUCAUCAAUUGUUAAUGGACCGAGAGGACACAUGUCAUCGUACGUGUUUCACACUGCAGCUCGACGGCGUAACAUUAGAUAAUUUCGCUGAAUUGAAGACAAUUGAAGGCCUGAAGCAUGGCUCCACCAUUAAAGUCGUCGAGGAACCCUACACUAUGAGGGAAGCCCGCAUACACGUUCGUCAUGUGCGUGAUUUGUUAAAAAGUAUGGAUCUAGCUGACGCUUAUAACGGGGUGGAGUGUAAUUCGCUAACAUUCUUGCACACAAUUACUCAGGGCGAUUUGUUGGAGAAGAAGAAAUCUCGACCAGAUUCCGUAGAUUGCACACCACCAGAAUACAUAAUGCCAGGAGUUAAAGAAGCUCCAUUGCAACCACUGCAGCCUGGUGUGAACAAAAACUCAAAGGGCCCCCAAGCCCUAAAAGUCCUUACAACGUCCGCAUGGAAUCCACCACCCGGUCCACGAAAGCUGCAUGGAGAUCUCAUGUAUUUAUACGUCGUAACAAUGGAAGACAAACGUUUCCAUAUAUCCGCCUGCCCCAAGGGUUUUUAUAUCAAUCAGUCUACUGAUGAAAUAUUCAAUCCAAAGCCAGACAAUCCAUGUCACCUAAGCCAUUCGCUAAUUGAUUUAUUAUCCCAUAUUUCACCAUCCUUCAAACGUGCCUUUCAACAAAUGCAGAAGAAGCGCACAUUGCGCCAUGCAUUCGAGAGAGUGGCCACUCCGUAUCAAGUUUAUCAAUGGACAGCUCCACAAUUAGAACAUACCAUAGAUGCCAUUCGUGCAGAAGAUGCUUUCUCUUCGAAGCUGGGCUAUGAAGAACAUAUCCCUGGACAAACUCGUGAUUGGAAUGAAGAGCUGCAAACCACUAGAGAGUUGCCUAGAAAGACUUUGCCGGAACGUCUGUUGCGGGAGCGAGCAAUUUUCAAGGUGCAUGGAGAUUUUGUUAUUGCGGCCACUAGAGGCGCAAUGGCCGUUAUUGAUGGCAAUGUUCUUGCUAUAAACCCGGGCGAGGAUCCUAAAAUGCAGAUGUUUAUUUGGAACAAUAUUUUUUUUUCGCUGGGAUUUGAUGUACGCGACCACUACAAAGAACUUGGUGGUGAUGUAGCAGCUUUUGUUGCGCCUCGCAACGAUUUACAUGGCGUACGUGUUUAUAGUGCUGUAGACAUCGAAGGAUUGUAUACUUUGGGCACAGUAGUGGUUGAUUACCGUGGAUAUCGUGUUACAGCGCAAUCAAUUAUUCCCGGUAUUCUGGAGCGGGACCAAGAACAAUCAGUUGUUUAUGGCAGCAUAGAUUUCGGCAAAACCGUUCUAUCACACUCCAAAUAUUUAGAGCUUUUGCGAAAGGCUGGCAAACAUCUGAAAAUAUUACCUCAUUCAGUCCUAAAUGAGCGGGACGAGCCUGUAGAAUUGUGCUCGUCGGUAGAGUGCAAAGGCAUCAUAGGCAACGAUGGUCGCCAUUAUAUUCUUGAUCUGCUGAGAACAUUUCCACCAGAUGUAAACUUUUUAAAAUUGGACAUUGAGCUGAGUCCCGAACUUAGAGCUAUGGGCUUCCCCAUUGAACACAAACACAAAUUGUCUUGCCUACGCCAGGAACUGCUCGAGGCAUUUAUAGAGGACCGUUAUGUUAGCUUCAUUCGCAACGCGGCACAGCACUUGCAGCAGUUGAAUGCAAAUAAGAAAACUGAGGAAAAUUCUUCUGCAGCUAUAACAGAAAAAGGUGAAGAAACCAAGGAUAAGCCAAAAGAGGAACCAAAGAAGGAGAUCUCAAAGGAAGAAGAGCCAUGCGGCGAAAUUAAGCCAAAAUCAGAAAAUGACAAGAAGGCCACUGAAGCUAUUGAAAAUGCAUAUGAUGCAUUCAAGGAAGCCCAAUCGAAUGUAGCCACAGCGGACGAAACGCAAGCUUCAGAAGUUGUUAAGCGGGCAUGUGCUGCCGUUGGAUCCCUCAAAGAGAAGGAGUUCGAUUUCCGCUUUAAUCCAGAUGUGUUCUCCCCCGGCAUACGCCAUGUUGACGAUCCAAAUGGAAACAAUCCAUUAAGUAAGCAAAAAAAAUUAGUACAAGAGGCCGCUGAAUUUUUAGUGCUUAAGCAAAUCCCAGCUUUUAUAAAAGAACACAUGAGCCAUACUUCUCCUCCCAUGGAUGGCACUAGUGUAACUGAAGCUUUGCACAGUCAUGGAAUCAAUAUACGAUACUUGGGCAAGGUUAUCACAAUGCUAGCGCAAGUACCCCGCAUGGAAUACCUCUACCGUAUAGCUGUGAUGGAAUUGAUAAUUCGUGCAACCAAACACAUUUAUUACACAUAUAUGCAAAACACAGAUGCCAUGCAUCUAUCGGCUGCGAUUAGCCAUUUUUUGAAUUGCUUCCUUUCUUCGGGACCAGUGAUUGCUAAUGCCUCAACUGAUGAACUGAAUAAAACAAGCAAUAAUAAUAACAACAACAACAACAAGCGAGGCAAAAACAAAAAUAAGAACAGUGGUAAAAGUAAUCAAAAGAAUGGUCAGGCCAGCAAUGACAAUAACGAUUGGGCAUUGAUGACACCAAAGACGUUAUGGCAACAGAUCAAAAAGGAAUCAAAAUCUUACUGGGAUUUCGACAUUAAUUGCGAUUCCAUUGAGACAGCAAUCGAAAAAUACUCCCUACAACGCGUGAGCAUACUUCGUUCUUUCUGCCUAAAAGUUGGAAUUCAAAUUUUCUUGAGAGAGUACAAUUUUGAAUCGCGCAACAAACAAACAUUUUCCGAAGAAGAUGUACUAAAUGUCUUCCCCAUUGUGAAACAUAUUAGCCCACGAGCAUCAGACGCCUACAAUUUCUAUACAUCUGGCCAAUCGAAAAUACAGCAAGGCCUCUUUAAAGAAGGCUACGAGCUAAUAAGCGAAGCUCUGAAUCUUCUGAAUAACGUGUUCGGUGCAAUGCAUUCGGAGAAUGGUUCCUGUCUUCGUAUGUUGGCUCGCCUCAGUUAUUUGUUGGGCGAUGCCCAAGAAGCAUUGGCCAUUCAACAAAGAGCCGUAAUUAUGAGCGAACGUGUUAACGGUGUUGAUCACCCAUGUACAAUAUUGGAAUAUACACAUUUGUCGCUCUAUUGUUUUGCCAAUGGUCAAAUCAGUACCUCAUUGAAGCUUUUAUACCGGGCCCGGUAUUUGUUAGUGCUGAUAUGUGGUGAAGAUCAUCCUGAGGUGGCACUUAUUGAUAGUAAUAUCAGUUUGAUUUUGCACGCUGUUGGCCAAUACGAGCUGUCUUUGCGUUUCAUUGAGCAUGCUUUGCAACUCAAUUUGAAAUAUUUUGGCAACAAAUCUAUGCAUGUUGCUGUUAGCUAUCAUUUGGUAGCCAGAACCCAAUCUUGCAUGGGAGAAUUCCGAUCUGCUUUGAAUAAUGAAAAGGAAACGUAUGCAAUUUACAAGUCACAGUUGGGUGAGAACCACGAAAAGACUCGUGAAUCUGCCGAAUGUUUGAGACUUCUGACGCAACAAGCUGUGCUUUUGCAACGCAAAAUGAAUGACAUAUAUUCGAAUGGAAAACUCACAACGGGACUGCCACCGAUUCAUAUACAACCCCCAACCAUGGGAUCCGUACUGGACAUGUUGAAUACAAUAAAUGGAAUUCUCUUUGUUCAGAUCAGUCAAAAAGAUAUUGCUCAAGUGAAGAAUGAAAUUGAAAAGCAUUUAAAAACAACAAACGAAGUGAACGAAACAACAGAAACUCUUAAGAAAUUGGCCGUUACUGCAGAGACUGAUAGUGAGGCGGCUACUAAAUUAGAACAACCAUUAACAAAUGGGAACAAUGUAGUUGCUGAGGACUCCACGCCAACUCUCGAAUCCGCCUCUAGUUGAAUUUAAUUUUUUUAAAUUCAUUCAGCCUAAUUGUAACCUUAAUAACUAUACAGCUUAAUGUUCGGACGUGAGUGAUUCCAGUGAGAUACAAUUCCAGGACCCAUAGAAUUACUUGCACACAUCGAAGACACCAAACUGAAGAUAUAUUAACAAAUACUACAUACACAUACUGUUAGUCUAGUUUAAAGUUAGUACCAAUGCAGAGAGUUGGUGGCAUUUUCUUUUGGAAAAUGCUGUUGGAGCUCCCCCAGUUACUAUCAUAAUCAUUUUUCAUUAGCCUCUAUCAGGCCGACAGAAGAGAGACCAUUUUAAUCUGUUUGUUUUUGAAGAUUUCGUACAUGAGAGCUUAUUGCUCUACCCUACCCAUUGGGCACUAUAAGAAAUAAAUUUCUUAAAUAUUUGUUUUUUUUUAUCAUUGUUAAUUUUAGCCUUCUUAGAUUUAAUCUCAAUAUAAACAUUGCUUUUUGUUAAACAACUAUUGAAACUAUAACAAUGAACGCACUGGCAACAUUGUUUUCUACAAUGUAUUUGAACAACUACAACAAUUUUUUAUACAUUGAAAUUAAUAAAACAAAAAAGAUUAUUAGGCAUAGUUUAUCAUAAUUAAAAAUUCAUAAUUUUUGAUAAUGAAAAAGAUCGAUCAACACAUACAUACUUAUAAUUAUAAAUUAUCAUAUGUAAUAUGAUAGCAAAUUUGAUGUUACGUCUCCCCAUCGUAACAAAUGUGCAGCAACAAGUGUGUUCAAAAAAAUUUUUUUUUUUGUUGAGAACGAAGUAAUGAGAAUGUAACAUUUUUGAAAUAAAAACUUGUUGAGUUGAAUUCAUACUAUCUUAUAUAUAUGCAAGUAUAUGAUUAAUAAAACGAAGAAAGCAGUUUAA